AUGUAUGACUAUUUUGCGGAGUUUUUGGUGGAGUGGUUGACAGUGAAGGGCAUGCAGUCUUCCGGGCAAUAUGGUAAAAUAUGGAAAGAUGUGGAAAGAGUAUUCAAGGACAUGCUUAAAUAUAUUACGAAGGAUUCUGAGGAGUUAAAAUUACUAUGCAGUGGAUAUGGGGACGAUAUCAGCAUGAGUGAAGGUGUUAAGAAUAGAGGGAAGGAACUCUGCAAAAUGUUAAUUAGAAUAAUCUACUGGAUUGGCGGGCUAGUCGAGAAGUGGGAUAAGGUAAAAGAGUAUUACUGGGAAAAGAGGACAGAUAUUAAGGAAAAGAACGAAAAGGUGGAAGCAUAUUUGAGGUGUAUCUUAGGGAAAAUACUUAUUGCGAAAAUGUUCUCGAAUCAUUGCGAUAUGGAGGAGGUUGCUAAAGUCGUAGACGGUGCAGUUCAGGGAACCCUAGGAUGGAGAGGUAUCAAGGCAGAGCAUGAGGAAUGUAGCGGAAUAGAUUUCGGAAUUAUAAGAAUAGGCCAUGUAUUUCUGUGGGAACGGAUGGAUGGGUGGUUAAGCGAAAAAAAAGAAGAAAAGAAGGAAUUGGAAAUAAUAAAAAAGAAUGGGGAAGUGUGUGAAGGAGGUAGUCUUAGCAGGGGAGGAAGUAAGGACAUAGGGAAAGGGAAGGAGAACACUACUAAAUUAUUAGGAAAGGGAAGUGCAGCGGAAUGGCAGGAAUUAUUGAAAAGGAGGAAGCAAUUCCCAGAGGAUAAUUUAGUAGGAAUAUUAAAAAAAAUGAGCGGUAAGGAUCAAUCCGGAAUGAAGAGCAUAGUAGAGCAGGAAGUGAAGAACUUAGAAGCAGAAGAAAGUAAGACGCCAUCACUGCACGAGCCGGCAUCAAAGACACCAGCACUACAGGAACAACAACCCCAAACACCAGCAUCCCCCGUUCUUCCAGUUCGACCCCCUCCACCACCACCACCAAGAAGUCCAUCCACCCCAAGGCAGGGACCAACAGGUAAAGACUGCAGCAAGGAGGAAGACUUAUGUCAACGAGCAAAUUGUGUAGCACCUAAUUGGUUUAAAGACAGAAAUGGAAAUGAAAUGCAAAACUGGUGUCAAUUUUGGAAUACGGACGCCGUAAAGAGACUGAAUGAACUGUCCACGGAUAUGACUAAUGGGAAUAAGGCAGGGGAAGAGUUGUGCAAGAACUUUGCAGGAUCAAGUGGUAAAGUUACGGAAGCAGAAAAAAAGGCAUGUAAUUACAUUGUUAAAGGUCUAAAAUAUAUAUACGGUCUUCAAAGUUCGGGAGAGGAUGUGAAAUCGAAAAAUAACAGAAUAAUCAGUCAAACCAUGUAUUGCCUGUUUCUGAAUGCAUAUGCAGAUAUGCUUAUAGAGAAAUCGGCGGGACACAUCUGUCUUAUCACAGAAGAAAAAAUAAAAGAAAUGUUUAAGGAAGGAAAUGAAAAUAAGGACACUUGGUGUGUGAAUAAUAAGACUAAGCAGAAUAAUAAUUGUGCUACUUGCACAAGGGAACCUAAUCUAAUUUGCGCACUGAGCGUGGAGGAAAACCUGUUUGAUAAAGAAAAAAGUACAAAGUGUCUAUCAUACAAUAAGAAUAUAAAAGUGAAGUUGGAUGACUUGCUCGAAAAAAAUAGCGAAAUACAACAAACUUUCACUACCAUAAAUAAUGCAAGUACUUUAUGUGAACGUGUUAAUUGUGUAACAACCAAAUGGUUUAAGAUUCGAAAAGAUGCAAGCAUAGGAAAUCAGAACUGGUGUGUAUUUUGGCGUCAGCAUGACGCUGGAAAAGUAUUAAGAGAAUUGUCUAAGGCUAUGACUAAUGGACAGGGGACAGAUGUAAAAGAGUGUAAAGAUAUUCAAGAUAAAGGUGAUACCAGUCCAGAGGCAAAUAAACAAGCAUGUAAUUACAUUGUUAAAGGUUUGGAAGACAUAUAUAAGAAGGAGCCGUAUGGGGAUUGGACGGAUAAUGAUGCUGAGAAAAAGGAGAACCAACAAUUUUAUAGAACUAUGGGCUGCCUGUUCUUGAACGUAUACGCCGAUAUGUUGGAAAAAGAGCCUUGUAUAGACGGGAAUGUUAUAACAGAUGCCUUUAGUAAAAGUGGUGAAGUUAAGAACAGAACUCCAUGCAAGAAUGAUCCUAAUUGUGUUACUUGCACAAGGGAUAAAAGUUAUGAAAGUUGCAAACUGAAGGUGGAUGAAGGCCUGUUGAAUAAGAAAGCAGGUCAAGAUUGCGAACAUCACAAAAAUAAUAUAAAAAAUAAGUUGGGUGAUAUGCUCGACCCAACGAAGAACGGGGAUACAGUAAUAAAGGCAGAACUGGAAGCAAUAAAUAAAAUAUGUCCACAUGCUCAAGCUGCCAAACCAGUCGCAACAAAACCAACAACAACGAAACCUGUAGUCAAAGAUCAAGAUGAAAAAGACAAACCAGGUAGGAAGGGAGUUGAUGCACCAGAACCUCAAUUACCUGAUGCAAAUGAUGGUUACAUAGAUGCCCCAACUCCUGGAAGUAGACCUAAGAAUGAUGCGGACGCCGUUGAACUACUUACAUGGGGCAGCGGCAGAAUAGACUCUGUUUCCACUGGAGUUACUCCUGAAAUUACUCCAUCACAUCCUGGAGAGGGACCCAGAACUAAUGAAGUAGGUCCAUCGGGAGUUAAGGGCCCCGAUGGUGAUCCUACUCAUACUAAUCCUAAUCCCGGUCCACAAGGUCAACCGGAAAUUGGAACAGAAGCAGUUCCUGCCAAUAGUGAUCCAAAUGCAGCUACCCCGCAACCAAUUGAUAAUGGUCCCGCAAGUCCAAGUGCUCCAAAAGGUGAUCCAACUCCUGGUGUCGGUGGAGGUGGUGUCCCAGGGGUUCCUGGUGUACCAGGGGUAGGUGGUAUUCCAGGAGCUGUUAGUCGUGCUGCUGGCAAAGGAGGAGGUGGUGGGGGUGAGUCAAGUUCAGUAACACCUAUCGCUAAACCAGUUAUUCACAAGAUUGACAACCUUCCUGAUCUCCUUACCCCAUACCUUCCUACGAUUCCCGUCUUCAUUGGUAUUUCUGUCAUAAGUUAUUUACUUUGGAAGUAUUUUACCCUCAGUAAGCGAAGACGACGUCAUAGAAGAGAGGAACACUUAACCUCUCCCCCCUUGGAAGAACAACUUUUUGAUCAUGUGGACGACGAAAGUGGUCCACAUAAAUAUACCUUAGUAAAGGAACGCAAACAACCAAGAUCUGUUCCAACAAAAACAAAGAGGCCAAAAAAACAGGGCCUUGAUCGCCGUGUGUGUCACCGCACCAUUAUUGAUAUUCAUUUAGAAGUCUUAGACGAAUGUCAAAAAGGGGGCCUGCAUUCGACGAAGGAAGACUUUUUUGAAAUUUUGGUUCACGAAUUUAUGGGAAGUGAAUUUAUAAAGGAGAAAAACGUUGCUAAUGUUAAUGUUCCAAAUGAAGAGGUUCCAAGUUCAGAUUCCGGCUUUAGGGAGGAAGACUUUGUUCCUAAGGAAGAUGGUCCUACUGAACAG